AUGGCUAGAGAUCGACUCGGAAACGUUAAUCGACAAUAUGGACGACUCAGUGAUUCACCUACACCUCAACCUACUUAUCCACCCACAAACGGUGUGAUUGCACCUUCCCGAGCACCCAACCAAUACGCUCAACAAGGUAACAACUCCCUACCUGGUGCGCAACCUGGUCAGUACGCUCAAUACGGUCAACAUGCCGGUGCGCAACAGGCCCAAGCUGCAAACCCCUACGGAGGAGCUUAUGGUCAACAAGAACAAUAUGCCAUGGGCGGUGUAGGCGGCGGUCCCACCGCCGGAGCGGAUUUCUGGUCAGAACUCUCGACGACUAAUUCCCUUUUGGGUCAGUUGCAAGAUCAGAUUGGACAGGUUAGACAGGCUCAUCAAGCUAGUUUGACAUCUACCGACCCAAACUCUCGAUCUUACGUAUCUCAAUUGAACGAUUCCGCUCGAGAGAAGAGAGAGGAAUGUAAGAGUCAAAUCAAGAAAUUGUACAAGUUGGCCAAAGGUGAUAGAGCUCAAAAGACCCAGGCGGAAGGUGUUAAAACCAGAUUCCAAUCUUUGUUACAAGAACAUCAAGUGAUUGAAAAGGAGUUCAGGAAAAAAGUCAAAGAUAGAGCAGAAAGACAAUAUAGGAUUGUUAAUCCCAAUGCCACGGAGGAAGAGGUUCAACAGGUUGUUGAGUCUGAUAAUCCCCAGAUCUUCAGUCAGGCUCUACUCAACUCGAACCGCUACGGAGAUGCUCGAAAUGCCUAUCGAGAAGUGCAAGAACGACAUGCCGAAAUCCAAAAGAUCGAAAAGACCUUGACUGAAUUAGCUCAAAUGUUCAAUGAGAUGGCAAUGUUGGUCGAACAACAAGAUGAGACUAUCGUCAAUGUUGAAACUCAAGCUCAAGGUGUUGAUACGGAUAUCAAAGCUGGUUACGAUCAAACUUCCAAAGCGGUCGAUCACGCUAGAAAAGCCAGAAGAAAGAAGUGGAUCUGUUUCUGGAUCUGUGUCCUUAUCAUCGCUAUUCUCGCUUUGGUAUUGGGUAUCUACUUUGGUACCAAGAAAUAA